CGUGCGUGGCUUGGAAUUAAGACCCUUCUAAAACGGAACUUCCGCGCGCGGCCGGCGGAUUUCGAAUUCGACGAUUGAUCCCAUACGCGGUCAAUCGACAGGCGCGAGAACUCCAAUGACAAUCGGAAGACUCCUAAGCUAUGCUUGAAAGGGCAAUUUGUGCAAUUUUUUGGUCGACAAUUCGUUAAUAAUAAUUACAAUAAUCACGACGGUUUAUCGUGGUCAGUAGUUCGUCCAUUCGCGCUCGUCGCGGUUAAUUCUCUUUUCAUCUCGGUGGAAUCAAAAGGGAAGGUAGCCCAGAAGAGCGCAGCAUCAACGAACCGGACUCGAAAUUAACUGACCGACACAACUCGGCAGACCACUUUCACGUGCGCGAACCGCGCCAGAUGUACGACCUCCGUUUCUUACGUAAAACUCGGGCACCCGUGUAAUCGUACAACACCGUUCAAAUGUCGAAAACUUCUCAUUUCCCAUCGAGCCUCGUGCCGGCUUUUUGUUGCAAUUUCACUCGAUGACAUUUCAUCUUUACGAUAUCGUACGCGACGCCGGACGCUUCAAUGAGUUUGGACGAUAUUUAGGUCUAGCUCUUUGAUCAUUUUAUUAUCUCGCAAAGUGCGCCAUAAACAGAAUGAGGGUAAUUGAAUGUACAUCUUUCGUAACGUCUGAUGUCGAAUAUUGAAUAAAUUAUCGAUCGACACGCGUUCCAUAUUAUUAUGUUAACGCUUAUGACGUAGGAAUCGUUUAAUUAAUUUAUCUACUUCUCAUUGAGUAAAUUGGAAAUUUUCCGUUGUCGUAAUUUUAAAUUGGAGCAAAUUUAAAUUAGGCCAAACAUCUUCCAACGAGGAAGGUAUUUUAGAAUGGAUUAGAAUCAGGAUUAGAAUUAAAAUAUUCAAAGAGAAAAUGAGAAGAUUAGAAAUGCUAAAAGGAUUAAAAUUAGAAUUGAAAUAUUUUUUAUUAAAUAUUUUAAAUCUAAUUCUAAUUUAUUGAAAUAUCUUUCUUGUUGGAAGAUAUUUGGUCUAAUUUAAAUUAUAUAUAUAUAUAUAAGAAGUAGAAAUGUGUGCUCUAAGGAAAAUUAAGAAAUAAUGACAAAAACCUGAAUUCUUUUUUUAUAUAAGUACUUUAAGUAUAUAUAUGUAUAUAUAUUUUUUAAGUAUAUAUUCUGCAGUAUUUGCCGUAGUAGUAUACAUUUAAUUAUAUGCUGAUAAAUUUAGUUAAUUCUGUAUAAAUUUUACGCGUUACAUAGCAUUCUUGAAACAGAUACGGUAUCACCGAUCGCGUGUACUGGUCGAAAAGAAUUUACUUUCUAUCGACGCAAGUAUACGAACGGCCUGCGAGAAAUUAAAGCUGAUACUUCGGUUACGAAACCACACUUAGUUCUAGCAUAUAAACUUGCCGCUUCUCUGCCCUCACGUAAGAAAAAAGAAAAAAAUCCCGACCACAAAUAUUUAUCUUGGUAAAGUUAUUCGGCUUGUAACGAGUGUUCGAAGGGAAAUUUACUCGGUCAGUUCUUACGUGCAAUUUGCAUUUAGCGAAUGUCUCGGAUGUAGGUAAACGGAAUCGUAAAUCAGUAACCGUUUUGCAUUUGCCGUGCAUUACCGCAGAACUGAAUGGAACAAAUGAAUCGUUAGAUGUCUCGGAGCGAUGGUAAUUCAUGCACUACGAUCGUCGAACCUUCCUUGAUAUUGAUCUUCCCCUCUCGAUCCUCCUACGAUGUUUCCAUUCAUUCAUGCGCGCGAUAACGUGGAGUAUAGAAGUAACACGCGAUCGUUACAAUAAAAUAUUUUUUUAUAGUAAAUAUAUUAGAGAUAAUUAAUAUUACGAGAAAAAUAUAAAAAUUGAAUAUGUCAUGCUAAUUGAAUUUUGAAGCUUGAAUCAUAUUUUGUGCCCUUUGUAAUUCAACAUAAAAAUAAAUUUUAGAUAAUUCAAUAUCUUAAAUAGAGAUUAAUAUAUAGUCUUGAAUAUAGCAAGAAAGUACUCGAAAAAUUAAAUAAAGUAAUUGUUAAUUUUUGUUCUAAGCAGGAAGUUUUACUUGCAAGCGCAAUUCAGAAACGUGCAGCUGUUUAAAUUAACAUAUUUUAUAAUUGGUCAGAAGUUUGAACUCUAAAUCUUAAAUCUUAAAUCUCUUAAAAAAUUAUAGUUUAAAAUUAAAAUUUAUAAAUAACUAUUUUACUUAAUUUUUUGAGAACUUUCUUGCUAUAGUAUUUUAAUUUGCGAAUUCCUAUAUAAUUUUCAUAUCAUUCGUAACAUCAAGUUUUUACAUCGUUUGUUCGUUGAAUAAAUUUUUUUCCUUGUGAUAUAACAGUUUUGAUAUAACAAAAGCUUUUGUUAUUUCUUUGUCAUGAAACUACAUCAUAUGUAGUUUUGCAUGAAAACCGGGCGAACCAGAAUGUUUGCAACGGGCAGUAGGAGGGGAAGAGACAGUAUAGCCCGCGUUACUUUGAAAAUGAACAGCGUGGCUGAUAGAAAUCAACAACCGGCAAGAGUAAAAGUAAAUUUGAGCAACGCAGGCAAUGCUGCCUUACCUUUGGUCUUUAUGCGUAUUGGACUCGAGUACGCUUAGUGUGCAUAUCGAAAAGCAUUUAUUUUCUCUUAUCUAUCACUUUUACCAACAAUUAAAAAUUGAAAUCGACAUAAUGUCACAAUACAAUGCAAUAUACGUCAAAUAGAUUCAAUUAGAAUUGUAAUCGUUUCUGUUUGUUAAAGUUACCUUAUUAAAGUAUAUAAAAUUGAUUUUAUUCAAUUUUAUUGAGUUAAGAAGAUACCAAAUUACACCAUUACGUAUUUAAACAAACAUUUUUUAAGAUACUGAACUUAAUAAAUUUGAUAUUUGGAGAAAAUAAUAUGAAUAUAAAUAACACAGUAAUACAACAACAAUUAUGAUAACUAUAAUUCUCGAUUCGAUAGAUAGUUAAUUACGAAUUACAUCUUCUUAUUAAAAAUAACAUUUAAAACAUUGUCAGAAAUAUAUCGUUUUCAGAUAGAUUUUAUGUAUAUUAAGGUCAUUGUGUUAAAAGUAAAUUUGAUUUUAUUAAAAUCUUGUGGAAGUAAGAAUAUGUUAGAUACAUAUAUAGGUGUAUUACGUAUAUACAUGUAUUACGUGUGGUUUGCACAAUAAUACAGUGACAAAUAUUUGUCAUAUGUAAUUAUAAUUCUCAAUUCGGUAGCGGGUUGAAUUACCUCUUCAUUAAAAACGUAUUUAAGUAUUGUAUGUUUUAAAUAUAUAUCCAUACUCUGUUAGCUGAAAUUUUUUAAUGUUUUAUUAAAAAAAUUUAUUAAAGCUCUUUAAUAUUUUUCCAGAAUGGCAAGGACGUUUUUGUUAAGCUUGGUAGUGGCGUUGCUGCUGAUAUUCGUUAUCACCGAAGCUUCUCGUGGACAGACUAAUCAGACGGAUGGACAGAAAAUACAAAAUCGCGGUUCCGCGCGGUACAACUCUAAAUCGACGACGGAACCGAGUGCUCUUUCCACAUCAGAAACUAGAUCACCUCGCGAAAAAAGUUCCCGUUCGGAAACAGUUUCCAACUUAGAAAAGCACGAGACAAAUGUCGCUAGAGAAGGUACGAUUAGAUCGCGAUCAAAAUUAAAGCAAUCUCAGGCGGCAGACGAUUCGGCUACUGCACCACGAACAAGUUCGAGACACUUGAACGCCAGUGCCGAUAAUUCACGAAAUCGUCAAAGGUCGCAUACCACACACGCUCUUAAAGAAGAAAUAACGAGGGUCGACGGCAACAAAGAGAACGCGCCUGAGCCACAAACGCCAAGGCGAUUGGCAGCUUCACGAAGAACAUCGGACAUAUCCCCCGUCUGGGUGGACAAUGCGAAGUUGGACAACGCGAAGUUGGAUCAUGAGGUGUUCGCAAAGUCACCUGAUCACCUGAGAUCAAGAACGGGAAGGAAGAUUUAUGUAAAUCACGAGAGAGAAUCAAAAAGUGAGAUAAUCCCAGCUAGAAAGUCUCCAGAAAAUGAAAAUGUGGAGACAGCCGAAAUUCCGAGCGAACCAGAAAAAGCGGAAACCCGAUUAGAGCAUUCAAGGGUCGAAAACAUUACCUCGAAAGCGUCGAAAUUUGAUACAAAAGGCGCGAACAGUUCCAGUAGUCAAAAAGAUGAACCGAAAGACGUUUUGUUGUCCGGUUCUGAGAGCGUAAGAGUCGACGUUCCUUUGAGAGCCGAAAAUGAGAACGGCAAUUUAGCCACUACGGUUUCAUCGAUUAACGUCUCUCCGAGACAGGCGUCGAAGCCAGUGAAGGAAAGGGUAGAGAGCAACGAUAUCGCGAGAUCGAGCGCGAAGAAGAGCAGACAGUCCGAUCGGUCGAAACCUCGCAACAGAUCGAAGGUGAGAGAUCCCAAUUUUGAGACCACAAAUUCCGUUGGUACCUCUCGCCGAGGUUCAUCCAAAUCCGGCAACAACGCGACUGCGGAGACGAACGGACGGUCCUCCAAUUCCCGACACAGAUCCAACGCUAAUUCGAGGGGCCGUUCCGCGCACAAAUCGAGAGACGCGGUUGCGGUGGAAGCGAGAAGUAAUGGCAGACAAAAAAAUGCAGGCAACAACGAUUUCGAGGCGAAUGCAAACAGAGGAACGGAGACACGACGUAGCGACAGACGAACGCCCGAGGGGAAGCGAAGGUCCAAGGAUGGUAGAUCGAAAGCUGCGGAACCUAAGGUAGACGAACAAGAUGUCCGGGCGCAGACCAGAAGCCGGUCACGCGUAGCCGUCAGCAAUCUCGAUGUCACCACUACUUACAUUCCGAAAGAGACGAUCGCUGAAAUUACGACCGUUCCCUCUGUGGAGGAUGCAGAGAUUACGACAUUCAAUUCUGCAACGACCAGGCCAUCGACAACCGCGCGAAUAUCUUCUUCAACCGAGCGAGUUUCACGCAACAAGGGAAGAGACAGAGGAGAAAGUUCUCGUGCGAAGAAACCCCCGAAGGAAGAUUUCUUCAAUCACGGUCUAGGUUUCCGUGGUCGAAAGAGCUCGACCGAGAGAUCGUCCUCGAUUGUUGCAGAUCCGCGGAUCACUACGCCUAAGAGCGAAACGCAAUUACCCGGUAAUCCUGGAUGGACUCUCAGACGCCGACCUAGUCACGUCCAUCACGAUACCCCUUCUUUGACAGUCACAUCCACGUCAGUUAAUCGAGAUCAAAUCAACGAGAUCGUCUUGCUCAAUGAUUCAUCGAGGAGCACCGAAACGCCGUUAAGUAACGCAAAAACCGGACGAAGAGGCACGAAAAGGCCAAAAGUGAAGGACGAGAGCAAUACCGUGUCGGGCCUCGCGGCGAAGAGCACAACAAGGGGCAACAAAACGUUCAACAAAUCUGAAAGCUUCGGUCUACCUAAGGGAACAGAGCCCGAGAGCGACAAUUAUCCUCCCGCAUUCCGAGCUAGGUUGUCUCAGUUGAAAAAUUCUAAUUCGAAACCUACCGAAGGAAAGUCUACAACUAGAACCAACUUACAGGCCACGAAACCAAGCUUGGCGAUUCUAUUCUCCGAAAGAUCUAAGAUGAAACUGGAGUUGGCCAGAAGAUUAAUCAAACCCGAAUUGAACGUUGACGAGAACGAUUUUGACGUAACGACGACCGCUUAUUCCGACAAAUCGAAAGCAACAGAAGCCUCGACGGUCAGCGAGAGCAGGAACAUAGAGAAAACGACGAAAACAACCGGCAAACUCAUCGGUGCUCGUGCCACGCACGGAAGUUCGACGGUCGCGAGUGCACUUAAAGGAAAAUCGAUCGUGAGAGGCAGGUGGAAGCUCCUGGAGACCAGAAAAGUAACGAAAGAUAGAAACGCCGAAUCUCCACUUGGAUCGGCCACCGCCACGAACAAGAAGGAUCGAGUGGCCUCUCAAGGAGUUCCUUCGCCGCCCGUCGAGGAAACGUCGACGAGAAGUGUUAUCGAGUUCAAUGCUGUACCACGUCGAAUUACGGUUUCGCAUCGCGGCACCGUGGUUCCCGCGGAAGAAACGGCCGCCACGACUGUCGACACGACGAAAGUCCGAUAUCCGACCACGGCGUUGCGGGAGGAAGCGGCGACGGUGGAUGCUGUAGAGGAAAACAGUAUCAUUACGACCGUCGAACCGCUAAAGUUCAAUAAAACAUCCGAAAUAACGAUUCAUCUCACGGAGUUCCCUCAAGAAGUAACGCUACCACCGACCGUCACCAUGCCGAGUUCAGAAAAGCUGUAUCCCGUUUAUAUUCCCGACGCGAAGGAGUUCAACUUGUCGAACGGCAAGGAGACAACGGCAAUCCCGAGCGACGCCGGUAGGAGCAGCGUCCGACCUCGUUACACGAAGCCGCAGCAGCAACCGGACAAGGUGGCGGUUUCCAUGGUGACGUCGAGGACCGUCGGGCCCACCAGCAGAUACAUCCGAAAGAAGUCCGGUGUCUUCACGCCGUACAACGUCGUGCCCAAGACAACCACCACGGACGCGGCGCCUACGCAGACGAAGCGACGGGAAUUCCGUCCGCGUACGUCGACGUACAGGAGGCACUCCGAGGCGUCGCCGACGAGGCAGGUGGCGACGGUCCAACAGCCGACGGCGACGACCGCCGUCGAGCAAACAACCGCCGCGACCGGCGUUACCAUCACCCCGAAGCCGACCAAAUAUCAAGCUCAGCUCGUCACGCCGAGCACUGCCGCUCGUCCGAGCUCACCCUCCGAGCCACUCGUCAGCGUGAGGAUCGACACCUCGAACGACACCACCCAGCGCGCUACCGGUAUCGCCGGCAGCAGCAACGGUGACAGCGGUAACUCCAAUAUCUUCAACCCCACUAGGAGCACGUAUCUCAACGCGAACACCACCACGCUGCUAGAGCAACUACGGAGCACCGUGGCACCGCUCUUGAGCGACUUGGGUAACAGGACCCCGAUCUUUUCUGGAUCUUACUCCAACGUGAAUACCGCGAAUUCAGCUCCCAGGAUAACACCUAAUGGUUCUCCGCCAAGAUUCAGUGCAAGAUAUAAAGGAGCAGAAUUGUUCGUAAGAAAACCGUCCGGUGUAGUACCAUCGAUUACAACGUCGUCGACUACAGCCUCAACACCGAUAGAGAAUUCCGGUUCGGCACCGCCCAUUGCCAUCAACAGCCCCGGCGAGCCCAGAUUCGUCACUUUUUAUCAGGCAUUAGAGUCGGCUAGCAUAAGAAACGAGAAUCUGGGCGUGGAUGACGUGUCACAGCGGCAAAAACUAACUGGCGUGGUAACGAAGGUAGAGCCUAACGCUACUGUAUCUAACGGCGCCGGUAACGACAUUGCUAACAAUAAUGACACCAACGCAUCAAUCACCGCGACUACUACUACUACUACAUUCUCCCCAGAUACUACUAUUGUAGACACUACUACCGUCGUUCAGUCGGCAGACAAUUCGCUCGUUUCGAGAUUAAGUGCAGAGAAUAGUACUGAUGGUGGUCCGGAAACCGUCACGACAACAGUACGAACCCCCGCAAAUUCGGACGUGAACGAAGGAGAAAUGACUCAAACCUCCAUUUCUGAAUCACCCGGAACUACUGUCCCCGUUAACACGAUAACACCGCCGUCCGAUGCGAAUGUCUCGGGUACUUUUCCCAGUACCCAAACCACAUCGACCAGUGUCGCCGAUGUGACUCUGGCAGCAUUGUCCUCCACGGAAUCGAACGUUCUCGAUGAUGACGUUCGAUCUACUGAAUCGGUGGACACGAGCACGGAGAUAGCCACAUCGCUACCCAUUACCGAAAGGGUGAACAUUAAUAUAUCCGGUUCUCAGAAUUUGCAAGCGGCGAGUGACAUUCUGGAUACAACACCGACGCCGAUUACCGAGAGCGUCACCGUAACACCGGAAGCGACGACUGUGUCCGCGAUAAACGACAAGUCGUCGGAGAAUAUUGAGGCAAAUACCAUGCAACAGCCUGAGAAAACGACGCUUCGGACAACGGAACCAAUCGAAGAUAUAGAAACGAACACCGUACAGCAGUCCGACGUGACGAUUCCGUCACAAAUGACAAUGGAAAUCACGAGUACCGCCGAACCGACCACCACAGAAGAAAUUUCAAACGACAUAAUUGAGAUCCGUGCGACGGUAGCACCCAUCUUCACGACUACGUACCCGCGACUGAUCGACUACGCGCAAGACAUUCUAUCGCGUUUGUCGCAUAAAGGUUUUUCCACGGUUAGAACACCAACUCAGAAACCUACCGUAACGACAACCGUUUUUCCUGAGAUGUCCAACACGAUACCGGAUUCGUCGACAAACGCAGGAAGCCCGGAAGAGACUACUGUGCGAGAAACAUCGACGAUACCACCAGAUGUAGAGUUGGUACCGACUACGACGACGAAUGGACCAGAAGUAAUUACUCGAAACACAGUAGGUUUGGACACUGCCUCUCAGCCUAACGGCCAAGAGACAAACGCACGGAAUACACUGGACUCAAGUACAACAACAGGACAGACAUUAUCGAGUACCAUAGGCAAUGAGCGUAACGCGACAUCUGAUCCUGAAUUGACAACGACGGCAGACGAAGAAAUUCCCAUUACCACGCCGAUACCAGUUCCGCGACUCGUCGAUUCUAUUAUGGAAAACGAUUCCCAGUCAUCCAACGAUACAUUGCUCACUGAGCUAAUGACUAUCGCUAAGACUCUCUUCACGGAAGGAAUGAACGACACGCGGCAAUUGACUCAGAUUGAUGGCAUGGUAGGAAACGACAAUGAAAAUCGUUCCGUGUUGAUCUUGAACGGCACGGAAGCCACCAUUACACCUUCCGAACUUUUGAAAUUCUUAGCAAAUACUACCGAAUAUGUAGAUGUCACAAUGUCUGUUGAUUUACCUGGAAGCGAAAGAGAAGAUAACUCCACCCGCGCCCCUGUUGUAGGAUCGAAAAUUUUAGUGGAAUCAAACACGCGACCCGCCGAUGUCGAAAACCCAGUCGAUGUAGGUGAUGUUACCUCCAUGUCCCUUUCGCAGAUAAAGAUCGAAACACCAAACAUGACUAUGGUUACGGUCAGCAUGAGUUCGGAACUAACUACUAAUACGCCUGACUUACAAUUGUCUAAUCCAAUUAAAUCAUCCAAUAAUAAUACCGAACAACAAACUACGACCGUUUUAAAUAACGAGUUGUCGAAUCGGUUAACGGGAUUCGCAACGGACCCUACUACCAAUAAUCCCUUAACGAGUUCUGUUAUCGCGAAUACGGAGGGAAUGUUGUCCGAUGUAAAUAAGUUCACGACAUCGGACAUGGAAACGGUAACAGAAUUAACCACGAGUGUAAUGAUAACGGAAAUAAACGUUGUACAAACGAACGCCGUAAAUCGAACCACUAAUCAGAUACCAGAACCCACCACCAAAGUUCCUGCAUCUGACUUGCAGGUGACAAACGACCAAUCCCUUGUAAUAAAUACAUCGGAUAUCGUUACAACACUUCCAACGGUAUCCGAUACAAACGAUACUCAAUCAUUUACUACAGAAUCUCCCAUCACGGAAUCAAUUCGUAACAUAGUAAACUUUACCGACAUUACCACUACUAAUCAAACCAACGACAUAACAACAAACACCCCUCAAACGCUAAUUGAUCUCGUAAGCGAGAUGCCAAAUCUUAUUACCCGUUUACAGGAUACAGGAUUUACAUCAACAACCGCCCAAGGGACGGCUGGUUCAAGAAUCAUCCAACCCGAGCAAACGACCGAAACCAUCAUCACUACCACCACCACCGUUCCUACGUCCAUCACAGCAUCUUCAAAUGAUUCCACCACGUCCCCCGUAUCCUCCACUAACGCGACAACCCUCCCGUCCUCAUCAGCGUCCGAAUCAACGGUAGCGACCAUGACGACAACGACUACCACGACGACAACGACCUUGCGAACGACAUCAACAGAAGCUUCGUCGCGAUCCGAACUCACUACCACUGUCGAACCGACGUCCGAAAUGACCACGACUGUCGACAUAAACGAGAAUCUUGUCUCGACUGAGACAACGACUGAUACAUCGUCUACGCAAGCCACAACGGUCGCUGCGACCGAAGUCGAUGAUCUGAACACGAGGAUAAAUGGGGAGGCAAUGACAACGACGACCAGUGCCGCAUCACCCGCAAACAUGUCGACCACACCCGCAACAACUACAUCUACGACUACCGCACAAAUCACUGUGCUAAAUCGAAUAUUACCGUCUCCAUCAUUAUCACCUCUUGGCGCUUUAAACACGGGAACGCCUUACUUAGGACGUUUCGGCGGCAGUCAGGUGACGGCGGCCCCAAAACUCAGCUCUUCCAAAGCGCCCGUUCGCGACUACUUGAUUUAUGGCAUUUAUCCCAACAAAACCAUUGUGCGGAAGAGACCAGAGGACAAUCUGAUUGAUGGCAGAAAUGUGAACAGCCCGUACGUGAUAUUCGGCAUCUAUCCGGACGGCAGAUUAGUCCGGAAAUACCCCAACGGGACGAUAAUACCGGAUUCACCCAGGAACCCGGUCGAGGUUGUGUUCACACUUAGAACUACCACUACUACUAACCGACCAGUUCCCAGGCCAUAUUAUUAUAACCAACCGGCUAACCCAGCGGUCGUUUAUAACAACCAAUAUCAAGCCCCGCUAUAUUAUGGUAAUGGUAGACCUUUGGACGAGCUGACGGGAGGUGCCCAGAGCCCCGGACCCCUUGAUUUUGGACUUAUUGGUAAUGCGAUCGGCGUUACUCCUGGAGGCCCCAAUUUCGCGGGACCACUUGGUCCCCCUGCUAGCGUCCCGAGCACAAACAAAAUGAGCAAUAUUUUAUUAAAUACCCAAAUGGGUACGCUGCCGAAUGCACCGUUCAAUAAUCUGCAAACGCCAAGUAGUGGUCAAGUACAAGGAUCAAUUGGCCCUUCUAUCUUCCAAGAUCACGAAAGAAAUGAAGGUUCUCGGACAAAAGUGACGUCUGAUCAACGCGGUUCUGUAUAUAUCGGGCAGGAUAAAUUUAUUAAUUAUCAGAUUGAUGGUGCACCAGAUAUCAUUCCAAAAGUCGUUGAUGUAAGAAUAAAUUCAGUGGCUACCUCUGUGAACGAAGGUACGGCUUCAUCCACGGCAUCAAACCUGUCCUUUGAAAAUUUGCUGAACAAUCAGUCGGGUGGUGGUGUAAUAACAGCACCUCCUGGUUUUCCUUGGAGAGAUCCUCUUGAUCAGAUAUUCGGUAUCACCACCAGUUCACCUGUACAAACAGCAUCUGUGGCAUCAAAUCAACUAGACGAGCCGACCGAAAGCAAUGCGUCGAUUAUGUCGCGUCCCGUAAAUUCCUUAGUAGAAGUCUUCACACCAGUUAUGAGCAGUGCAACUUCAACAACUACUACAACUACCGCUAAUACCACACCUACUACUACUACUACUACUACUGCUGCUGCUGCUGCUGCUGUUGCUGCUAGUACCACUACUCCUACUACUGCUAGUACCACUACUCCUACUACUACUGUCAGUACCACUCCUACUCCUACUGCCAGUACCACUCCUAGUACUACUACUGCAACUACUAGUACUACUACUACGCCGGCACCAACAACCACAGCGUCGACUACUACUGCCGCUACUACUACUACUACCACCACGACAACUACCACAACUACUACUACUUCAACAACAACCCCCGCAACGACUACGACGAGUCGCACAACAGGUUUAGGAACAAUUCGAUCGACAGUAUCUGCAAGCAACAUAUUAAGCAGAUUACAAACAAAUACGAUGGAGAAUCCUUUUGGUACCUCGUUCGGAGAUUUGGCUUUCCUAAAUUCAUUGUUACAAAACAACAACAAUGUUAAGUCCACCACGCCGAAAACGCUAACUGAAGUGGAGCAAGUAUUAGCAAACAGGAUUUUGUCGCUUGCACUUGCUAAUCCUGGACCAACGCGAGCGCCGAAAGCAAUUCAAACCGCGAGUUUGAAUACGAAUGUGAACGCGAUCAAGGAUCGUCCGUCACCCGGAUUUCCCUCCGAGCCGAUAGUAAUCGACUUACUACCACUUACGUCACCGUCAACCCUUAUCAGCAGCACGUCACCUACGAAGAGGUAUACUGAAACAACACAAGCUAGUACCGCGUCGACAACUAGGGCACCAGUCGUUAUCACCGCCAAGCCGAAAACGACUGCAAGACCCAAAGUCACCACCCCUCGGGCGACCGUAGGAUUUGGUCAGAGUCUGUGGCGAACGUUACUCGGCAACAUUUUCGAAGCUACCACUACGGCGAGCAGUGCGAAAACGAGGCAAAAACCUGUGGUCAGGGCAACUACUCAAAAGCCUGCCGCGAUCACUCAGACACCGGCACAGAUUGUCAGAUCGACGCUUGCGAAUUACAUAUUGCCCGCGAUCAAAUCGCCAACAACACCAAGAAGCGUGGACAUCUCGGACAUCCACGUGGCCUCGAGUACAUCGCUCACGGACAGUAUCAUUUCCGCAUCGACCCCAAGCACCAUUUCAACCACACUUUUAAAUAAUCCGAAUCCUAGAUUGAACGACGCCUCCACGUCCACGUAUUCACCCGACGAUGAUGCAAAAUUCCUGGCUGCGCUCUUGCGAGCCGUACAAACGGAAACGAAACCGAGUACUUCUACGACGAGUAAGGCGCAAUUAAGUGAGGAUGAUGAAGCCUUCUUGAGAGCGAUUUUAAGUAAUCAGGCUAUCAUAUCUACUACCACACCAUCAUCCACUGAAGUGAAUCCUGCGGCUUUGUUGGCUCUACUCUUAAAGCAGCAAGGCAUAGAACCCACGACACCAGCCACGAAUAUUAGGGAACGGUUACAAUUAUCCAGUCUAGGUCUACUUUCCCCAGAAGAAACUUUGACAACUUCAACCACUAGUAGACCAGUUAGUACGGCAAGGCAAGUAGUAACACCGAGACCAACUGCAAGACCAAGACCACCACCAACACCACCAGUACAGACCACGACAUGGGCUCCAAGUUCCACGUACCCGCCUCCUCUCUUCGGAGGAAGUGGCUCUUCGGCAGGUAGUGGGCUGGUUACCGCAACUAGAGCCAUAGGCAGAUUCCUUGGCGCUGCCAUUUCGGUAAGCAUCCUUCUUUUGUAAAAACUCACUUUUUUGUUAAUUAAUUAAUAAAAUUAAAUAAAAAUUCCAAAUUUGUCUUAUUUCAUUCUGAGAGUCGAUUUUGUAUCACAUAACUUGGAUAAAAAUUGCAGAAGUGCAGAAUUUAUUAAAUAUUGACUAGAAAUAAAUAUUCUAGUAAAUUUGCUUACUUUUAUCAUUUUAUUAAAUUAU